ACGACGCUGGAACGACAGCGGAAGCUUAGGUAUAAACUUGAGUAACAUGAAGAUGAUUUGGAAAACUUGCCAGAUGCGAUAGCCUCCUGAUUACGUAUCACUCUGUCUGUAUAUAUCACCACCAUAGAUCCAGAAACUUUUAAGUUGGUGCCGCUUGCACGGAGUACACAAACAACCGCGACGACAACAACAACAACAAAUUGUAGUCUCAACCAUCAGCAGAGACGUCUGUGAGGGACUUGUUUAUGAGGGCUGGCUUUUUGUCUUUAGGCAGUUCACUAUGAGGGUGCCAGUGAUAGAUGUGAACAGUGAGAACCUGACGGAAGUCUGGCCUUCCUUAGUGCUGGCUGUCAAAUCAGCUACGUUUGUCGCCUUGGAUACGGAACUGAGUGGAUUGGGAGACAGAAAAUGGCUAAAUGCAAAAUGUGUGGAGGAGAGGUACAAAGCUAUCAGUCACAUAGCAAACACCAGAGCCAUUGUUUCCUUGGGAAUAUCGGCUUACAAGUUUUUACCUUCUACACAAGAGGGCAACUGCAUGAAGGGAGACAAACCUUGCACUAACAGAGAAAAGCUUCAGUGUGACUUUGCGAUGAAGUAUAUGGUUCAGACAUUUAACAUAUCUGUAUUGUGUCAGCAAGACUAUGUGGUGGAGGCAGAAGCCCUGAGAUUCCUGGUGGACCAUGGAUUUGACUUCAACAAACAAUAUUCUCAAGGAAUCCCAUAUGAUAAGGGUGAGGAUAUGACUAAAUUAAGCUUGGAUAAGCCUGGAAUACGAAGUCUCUUUGCUCAUAUCAUCCUCAGUCAAGUUCCUGUGGUGUUCCACAAUGCUUUCGUUGACCUUGGCUUUCUCUAUGAGAAUCUCUAUGCCACACUUCCAGCCUCACUUGGUACAUUUGUCUCGGACAUUUCUGAGAUAUUUGAAGCAGGAGUUUAUGACACAAAGUACAUUUCCGAGUUUGUCGCUCAUUUUCCGGCUUCCUACCUAGAUUACGUUUUCCACAAGAGUUUGAGAGAAAAUUCAGCAGAUGGAGGUUGCCCUCAUGUGGAACUGACUUUUCCCAAGUAUCCAGCUCAACAGACCUCUGUCACCUACAGAAGCUGUACUGCCCCUGACCCCAGCCGACCUCUGCCCCAUCCAGAGAUUCUCAAGGUCAUGAGGGGACUGGUCUGUGACAACUUUGCUUCACAUGGAUGGUGUAUCAAGAGACGAGAGUGCACCAAAUCUCAUGACAUAGACCUGAUCCUGGACUGCGAAGAUGUGGUGACCAAGAAGAGACGCAGAUAUCGCAAACGUAAGCAUCAUUGCGAAGAAGACCAGAGCACCAAAGGGGCACAGUGUCUUCCAGACACUCCACAUAGCAGUACAGAGGUUAUGAACAGCACAGUGGAGUGUAGGGAUGAUCAGAGGAAUGGUGCAGAAGCUGGUUCCCUAUGUAAACAGAAAAAAAUGUCCCCUGAGGACAGAACUUUUGGCUUGAAUGGUGCAAAUGCAGAUCAGAGUGAGGAGAGCAAAGAGCCUGAAAGCAGGGAGAUAUUGCAGACAAUCAGUGAAAAAAUAGCAGGAGUCGAAGAUCUGUCCAAACCACAGGCAAUUUACACAAACGGUAACAAAGGUCAUCGAGCUGGCUUUGAUGCCUUUAUGACUGGGUUUGCCAUGGCCACUUUUGUCGCGCGAUAUGGUAGUGCUCUUUCCUCAGGUCACAAGAAUAAGGUAUCAUUAUCAGACUGGGGAUUGGAAGAGUUGGUUAACAAAGUCUGCCUCAGUGGAAAGAGUAUCCCCAUGAUUGUCACAAAGAGUAGUUACUGUAAAACAUCCAAACAGCACACAGAGAAGUUGGAAAUCUUACGCUCGUUGCCAUUAUAGUAUCCCCAUGAUUGUCACAAAGAAUAGUUACUGUAAAACAUCCAAACAGCACACAGAGAAGCUGGAAAUGUUACGCUUGUUGCCAUUAUAGUAUCCCCAUGAUUGUCACAAAGAAUAGUUACUGUAAAACAUCCGAACAGCACACAGAGAAGCUGGAAAUGUUAUGCUUGUUGCCAUUAUAGUAUCCCCAUGAUUGUCACAAAGAAUAGUUACUGUAAAACAUCCAAACAGCGCACAGAGAAGCUGGAAAUGUUACGCUCGUUAUCAUUGUAGUUCUCUCUUGUAUCAGCUUGUUUAAGACGACUAGCCUUCCGCAGAUAUGGCAUACUUUUGUGUGUCACAUGUGGGAAAUUUGUUACUAAGACACCAUGGGUUUUCUCCACCCAUAAAAGUGAAAAUCCUUGAGUAUAACAUUCAGCAACAAUCAAAUAUAAAGUAAAUAGACAGACAGUUGUAGUUGAUGUCCAAUUUUGAUUUGCACGGUGGUGACAGAUAUGUAAGUUACAGUAAUUUCAGAUGUUGAAACGUUAUUUUGUGCAUCUGCAUCAUAGAGAUGUUUUCAUUUUCAUCUGCUGUAAAAAGACUUUAUUAGCCUUCCCAUAAAGUGUAUUCUGCGUUGCAUAUGGUUUACAUUGUACUUCGUGAACACAUAAAACAAAUAAAGCCAUCCGAGUUAUGCUCAGUAAAAGUUUCUGGGGGAACUGCAUAUUGUGUGCAAUCAGUGUCAGGUGAGCAGCAUAGUCAGGUGAGUAUAGCGUAGUGAGCAGUGUCUGGUGAGAGUCAAAUAGUGAGCAAUGUCUGUUAAGCAGCAAGUAGUGGGCAAUGUUUGGUGAGCAGCAUAGUCAGCAAUGUCAGGUGAGUAUAGCGUAGUGAGCGGUGUCUGGUGAGAGUCAGAUAGUGAGCAAUGUCUUGUAAAGCAGCAAGUUGAGGGCAAUGUCUGGUAAGCAGUGUCUGGUGAGCACUAUACGAUGAGCAGUGUAUAGCCCACAUCUUAUAUCUGCCAUUUAAACUUUCCUAACUACAUUUGUUAUGUCACCUGUACCUUACUGGCAAUCUGUAUAUUCCAUAAGACGCAUUUACUUCAUCUAUCCUAUGCACAAGAAUAUGAAUAAAUUUAUUUUCAGUUUUA